AAUGUAAAAAAAAUAAAAAAUGAAAAAAAGAGUGUUUAACGCAAACUUCGUUUCCUAAGUUUCGAAAGUAAAGUACUUUCUAUUAAUGGUGAAGUUAUCACCACUCUCAUCGUUAUUCUGUCGGUGAUUUUCUUUCUGGUUCUUCAUUUCAUUGAAGCAAAAGGCGUGGUAAAAGAAAAAGUAAUGGUGAAGGAGACUGAAUAUUAUGAUAUCUUGGGUGUAAGUGUUGACGCGUCCCCAGCUGAGAUCAAGAAGGCUUAUUACCUCAAGGCACGGAUAGUCCACCCAGAUAAAAAUCCUGGAGACCCAAAAGCUGCAGAAAAUUUUCAGGUACUUGGUGAGGCAUAUCAGGUUUUAAGUGAUCCUGAGAAGCGUGAAGCAUAUGACAAGCAUGGAAAGGAUGGAAUUCCACUUGAGUUCAUGGUGGAUCCUUCAGCUGUAUUUGGUAUGCUUUUUGGAAGUGAGUAUUUUGAAGAUUAUGUUGGGCAACUAGCAUUGGCUACAUUGGCAGCCAUUGAACUUGAAAUAGAGUCACAGGACCCGGAAGUUCGUAAGCAGAAAAUGCAGGAAAAGAUGACGGCAUUGCAGAAAGAGAGGGAAGAAAAGCUCAUCACAAAUCUGAAAAAUCGUCUUGAACCAUUUGUUGAAGGUCAAACAGAUGAGUUUAUACAAUGGGCAAAUUCAGAAGCUUGUCGCCUCUCAGCAGCUGCUUUUGGUGAAGCUAUGCUACACACAAUUGGCUAUAUUUACACAAGGCAAGCUUCAAGGGAGCUUGGAAAGGACAAACGAUUUAUGAAGGUGCCAUUUUUGGCAGAAUGGGUACGAGAUAAAGGCCAUCAUUUAAAGUCACAAGUAAUGGCAGCAUCAGGUGCUGUUUCUUUAAUUCAAAUACAAGAAGAACUGAGGAAGCUUAACCAAGCAGAAAACAAAGAAGAGAACCUAAUGAAAGCUAUUGAAGACAAGAAGGAUGCUGUGCUUCAAUCCCUUUGGCAGAUCAAUGUGGUUGAUAUUGAAACAACUCUAUCACGGAUCUGCCAAGCUGUAUUGAAAGACCCUAGUGUGUCCAAGGAUGUUCUGAGACUAAGGGCAAAAGGGCUGAAAAAACUAGGGACUAUCUUCCAAGGUGCCAAGGCUGCUUAUAGUAGAGAAAACAGCCUCCGUCAAGAAAGUGAAGGUGGUGAAAAGAAGAUCGAUGGUGCUUCAACAUCAUAGUCCAUCUUGGUAGUUACUUGAGACCUAGUUCAUCUAGAUGCUUGUUGCGUAUUCUGUAUUGAAAUUGGUUGGUUAUAUCUUCUAUUGAUUGAAUUUUGAAACACUUUUCUCUGUUAUCCGGAUCUUCUUUUUUUCUCGGUAUAGCCAGCUCCCUUGCUUUGUUUCUCCUUGGCUCUAUGAAGAUUAUACAUGUACCUUACUGUAUGUGUAAUAUUUGAUGUGGUAUCAUAUGAUGAUGUGUGUUAUGUUUAUUGUUAUGCAA